AUCUACUUCAGUCAGAUCUUUUCUUGUUUUGUGGAUUCGCUCUCGGAUAAAUGCUUUUUCAGUUCUGCAGUAGAUGCGAUGUGCUUGGGGUGUCUUAAAAGAGCGCUUAAUCUGCAGGAACGCUGGUACGAUGUUAGUGUCCCGGCAGCGACAGAGAAACGUUGGAUUCGCCAAUAAGUGUGCCUUGCAUCGUCUAACUUUGUCUAGUCGAUGGUACUGUUUACACAUGGCCAAUCUGAACUUUCUCUGUAAUCAAUGGGAUCUUUUUUUUUGAAUUUUCGAGCAUCAGGCUGCAAAUUUGGUUGAGCUUUAGUGUUUCUUCUUUCCUGUUGAAGUUCUCCGUAUGUUUACAAUUGUGGUAUUCGGAAGUCAGUGCAAGAAGCUUGACCUUACCAAUCCACCAAAGUAUUUGCAUUUACACAAUCGUCCCUAAAGUCAUUAGUGUCACAAUCCAGGCUCAGCCUAUGAUUAAUAUGAGAUUCCUUUAGAUC